UUCAAAAAUGAAUGGAUGGGGUAGUGACCGGUAUCAUGUUUAUCAUGCAAUUUAUGGAUAUUUUCUCAGUCGUCGGUUAUAUUUAUAACGUAUAGUUUCUUGUAAAGACUUUAGACCUGUUGCCUGGGGUUCGUUCAUUAUAUUUCUGCGUACUACUCUUGCGUUUUUAGUUAAUUUGCUGUUGUUUGAUAGUCACCGAACACAACCAACUCUUAACAGGUUUCAUAUAUCAGUUAACUAAGUUGCUGUAGUGUUUAUUGUGCUGAUGGGUGUAGUAGUGAGGAACCUACAGAGUGUUGUUCCUCUGAGAAGAGCCAGACUGCGAGCGGAUGUAGAAACAUUGAGAUUGAUCUUCGGUGUUCAGAGGUUUGAUAUGAGCAUCGUUUGUGUUGACAACCGCAGGAUCCAGAGAAUAAACCACAUGUACAGGAGACAGAAACAACCUACAGAUGUGCUGUCCUUUCCUUUUUACGAGGAACUGAGGCCUGGCAAACUACCAUGUGCCCUCCACAGAGACGACUAUAAUUUAGGAGACAUCUUCUUGGGUGUAGAAUAUAUAAUGCAACAAUGUAAAGGAACAUCCCAGGAUCUUCACGAAGCUCUUACAGUGGUGACAGCACAUGGAAUUUGCCACUUGCUAGGAUACAGACAUGAAACUGAGGAGGAGUGGAAUGAGAUGCUACAGAAAGAAAGUUACAUCCUUAGUGAAUUCAACAGACGAACGGGCAGCCGCCUCGAACCGCUUACAAAGAGAUGCACGUAGCACACGUGACAACGUCCUGGAUGUGAAAACACAUGAAUGCAUGCACUACUG